UUCACCCAACUUCCUGUGGAAGCACAUGUGGUUCUAAAUGUCUACUUCUCUUUUUUUGUCGUUUUUAGACACGAAAAGUGUAGUUUUGAAAGUUAGGAUUCUUUUUGUGGACGCUAAAAAGGCAGCAUAGUUGAUCUGUCAUGAGUUUUGUGGAAUACCACGAGGAAAUCCGCGAAGGCGACGUGGCCAUCGUGUACCUUUCCCACGAGUCCAUGAUGGCGGUACAGGUGCGUCACGGCGCCCAGACACAGACGCGCUACGGCGCCAUCCGCCACUCAGCAGACCUGAUCGGGAAACGCUACGGUACCAAGGUGACGUGCAGCAAAGGGGGGUGGGUGCACGUGCUGCACCCCACGCCCGAGCUGUGGACCAUGGCGCUGCCGCACCGCACGCAGAUUCUCUAUUCCACCGACAUUGCCACUGUCACGCUCAUGCUGGAGCUCAAACCGGGAUCCGUCGUCUGCGAGUCAGGAACAGGCAGCGGGUCGCUGUCGCAUGCCAUCUUACGCACCAUUGCGCCCACGGGCCACCUUUACACAGUGGACUUCCACCAACCGCGCGCCGAAACGGUCCAAAAGGAGUUUAAUGAGCAUCGUGUGGACCACCUGGUCACCGUCGCCAACAAGGACGUGUGCAAGGACGGUUUUGGAGUGACGGGCGUGGCUGACGCCGUUUUCCUGGACAUCCCCAGCCCUUGGGACGCUGUGCCGCACGCCAAGACCGCCCUCAAAUCCAGCGGAGGUCGCGUCGGGUCCUUCUCGCCAUGUGUGGAGCAAGUGCAGCGGACGUGCGAAGCUCUGACUCGCCACGGGUUCGAGGAGCUUAACACUUUGGAGGUGGUGCUGAGGGUUCACGACGUUCGUACCGUCUCGCUACCGCUGCCCGACUUCGGACCUGACGUGUCCAACCCCGAGGCUCCGCCCCCUUCGGCCUCCCAUCAGGCCGCUGCCACGUUGAAGACCACCACGCUGCCCCGCGAAAUGCCAGCUCACACCGGGUACCUCACUUUUGCAACCAAACCCAGAUCAUAAUCAAAUUUUAUUACUCGUGACAUUAUUUUUUGUUGUUGUUGUAUUUUGUUGCUUGAUGAAGCAAAUGUUACUAGUCACAUUUUUGUUAUUUUUAUACAUCAAAGCAAAAACAAGCAUGGGCAAUUUUUCAUAAAUUAAAAAAAUAAUAGUCUGCAAGCCAUCACGUGACGUUCACGAUUUGGUCAUAGUCGAACCUGAUGUCUGUGCUUUUGUAAAAUUGCUAACUAACAUCCAGUAUGUAUUUUAGCUAAACAUCCGAAAGGAUGCCAUUACUUCGUUUUUGUUCAAACUGUUUAAACUAAUGUAGUUUUUGAUGAACACAGGAGAAUUUUUUAAAUUCACAUGAAUCACUUGAUUUCAAACUGAAGAUUCUGUUAACGUUAAAAACUUUAUCAGUCAUCAAACCUGACGUACAUUUUUGUAUUUGUCAAAAGCAUUUUAAUUGUCAAGGCGAGAUUUUGUUGUCAGUGAACCUGUUAACGUAUAUUUAUAAUGAUCCUGUUGCGUUUUUUCUCUGAUGAUUUAAUUUUUGUUAACGUGGAAAAAUCUGGAUAUUUUUACCCUACUUUACUGGCAGCUAGUGAGUAAAUUUAUGAUAUGAUUUUAAAGCCGUAAGAACAGCCAGAAGGUUGUUGAUGUGUUUCCUUAGUUUCAGUGUUGUAAGUGCUAAUAUGGCAGUUACUGUAUGCUCAUUGUUAAAGCAACUCAGGUUCGUCUAUUGCCCUCGAUGGUACCAUAAUCAUCACAACAACUAAGCGUUUACGAGUGACUGCCGUCGUUCCCCAAAAAAGGAAGGCAAACACCACUAACGGCCCAUCAGUAGGAAGCACAAAGCGACCGCGCCGGUCAAGGCGGCUGUCUUAGCGCAACCUUUUUGCGACCGGGACGCUACGAGAGACUUCGAGACUAAUCCUCGGCUUACUCACUACUGCAGGUUAAAUAAAGAAUGUGUGCCGUGUUUGGAAAGCAGACACAAACGUGCAACUCUGAAUGUUUUUUUAUUUUAUUUUUAUUUUGGGAACGAGACGAUGUGAGUAAGUGGAAAAGGAAAACUCAUAGUGGGAAGGGGCUACUUCCUGAUUGGGUGCAGCUUACUUCCUGGUUUCUGUUUUAGGUAUUAGAAUCUCCCCAAAUUUAAGUCACAACAUGACAUAAAAUCACCUGAUAUUUUCUGUAUGGAUUUUUGUUUUUUUAAUUGUUUUACUUCAAUUUUUUUAAAGGCCAAGGCUUCAAAACGUUAGCCAAAAGUCAAGGCCUUAUCAAUGUCAAACACAAAAUGGGAUUUUUUUUUUUUUUGGUGUGCAUAUUUUGUACUUUGGGGGACACUUAAAACGCCCCUAGCCACUCGUCUGGAUCGUUUGGGUGACAAUAGACAUUUCUGCAGCUAUCGAUUAUUAUAGUAGUCAAUCUAUCAACUGGUUAGUUCGAAUAAUGGAGUAAUCGUAUAAGGAACAUUUAAUGCGUUGAAUAUCUUUUAGGAGAUAUAGAAAAUUCUUCAAACUAUGCAGAACUGCACUUUCAUUUAUAAAUAAAAUACCUGCGUUAAAGCCUCAAAUGGUAUAAGAAAAAUAAAUGAUCUAAGUACAACAAAAGAACAAUUGGCUAACUUGCACAGCAAAAGUCUGCUAGCUUAAAUGCUAUAAAAUGCUAACAAUUUUUAUAUUGCUCUUAACAAACUCAUAUUACCACAAAAAACAACUAAAUAUACCUUUAAAUUAGAGACGUCCCGAUCGAUCGGGUCCGAUCACGUCAUUUUCAAAGUAUCGGGAUCGGCAAAAAAAUAUCGGACAUUCCUUUUUUUAAUAUAUAUAUAUUUUUUAAUUAAAUCGUUUUCUAAUUGUAUUUAACGUUACAGACAUAAUAUGUUACACUCAUCCAGAGUCUUUAGUUUAGGCUUAAGGUAGGGUUAUCAAAUUUAUGCCGUUAACGGCGGUAAUUAAUUAAAAAAAAAAAAAUUAUCACGUUAAAAUAUUUAACGCAAUUAACGCAUGCGCUGCACGACCCACUCACGCAUUGUCGCGUUCAAUCUGUAAUGGCGCCGUUUUACCUAUAUAUAGAGCUAAAAGGCAGCGUAAAAUGAGUACAGUGAAUUUUUGCAGCCUUUGGAGCCUUUUUUUAAUUGGCUAAAGCCUUACAAUCCCUUUCCCUACGAUUAGAAAUAUCGCGGGAAGCAAUGUGGGGAAGAAAGGUAGCAAUUGAUCUUUUUCUUAAUACCCUGUGUUAUUUCCCAACGUAGAGAAGAUAUAUCAAUUACUACGCACAGUCAUGGUUGCACUUCCCAUCAUGCAUUUGGGCAGAACAGUUAAAUGGCUGCAGUAUCAUUUACUGAAAGCUCAACAAAUACACUAGAUGGCAAUAUUUAGUCACAAUAUACAAAGUCACAUUUAUCCUUUAAGAAUUACAAGUCUUUCUAUCCGUGGAUCCCUCUCACAGAAAGAAUGUUAAUAAUGUAAAUGCCAUCUUGAGGAUUUAUUGUCAUAACAAACAAAUACAGUACUUAUGUACUGUAUGUUGAAUGUAUAUAUUCGUCUGAGUUUUAUUCAUUUUUUCUUAAUGCAUUGCCAAAAUGUAUAUGAUCGGGAAAAAUUAUCGGGAAUGAUUGGAAUUGAAAAAAAAAAAAGAAAAGCAAUAGGAUCGGGAAAUAUCAGGAUCGGCAGAUACUCAAACUAAAACGAUCGGGAUCGGAUCGGGAGCAAAAAAACAUGAUCGGAACAACCCUACUUUAAACUAAAUUACAAUUGGAUUAAAAAAAUACUAGUUCAAACAAAAACUUACAACCUUAUGUUGGUCUUAACAGGGAGCAGCAGCUGGAUUCAGCUAUGUUACAUGGGUUAUGGCAUAUUCGCUGUUGCCACUAGAGGGCAGUGUAUCCACCUAAAUCCAUAAAACUAAAUACAAACAGUUUCAAAACAAACCUUUAAAACACCACUCUAAUUAAACGAAUACUCGAAGCAGCAAAUUUUGAUUCGAAGCUUUUUUCUAAUCAAAUUACUCGAGUUAAUCGAUUAAUCGUUGCAGCACUAGACAUUUCCCAACACUUUGGGAUUUUCUUUUGAUUUAGGGGUCUGAAUAAAUUUAACCUGACUUUGACUUAAGAUCAGGCAAGGUCAAAUUUGACCAAUAACAAGGUCAAUAAUAUCAUUUGAGCCAAUCACAUCAAGUCAUACCUCAAAAUAAAAUUGCAAAAUGUUCACAAUCUGCCACUAUUAGACAAAAAAAACAAACUUAAAUGACAAAGAAAAGUCCCAAAAUGCCUUUGAGGUCAUCAAAAUGGUCUACCAACAGGGUGAAAAAAGUACGUUGAGAAAACCACAUCAAGUCAACCUAAAAUCUGUCACCAUUCAACCGAUACUUCCUCAAAAUACAUUUUAAUACUUCAAUAUGAGAGUCUAGGUCACCAAAACUGACUAGAACCGGGUGAAGAAAUAUGAGUCACGUCUUAAAUUAAACGGCAAAAUGAGAGCAAUAUGAAUCAGGACUAUUUGAUUGAUACUGCCAUCAAAUAAUGAUUUACUGCCCCCGAAAUGUGCGCCAUCAUGACCAAAACCGACUAGUAACAGGGUGAAAAAUUUACUUGGAGAUAACCACUCCAAGUCCUAUCACAAACAGCAAAAUGAGGGCUGUCUACAUCUGCCAGUAUUUGACUGAAACUCCCUCAAAUAACUAUGUAAUAUCCCCAAAAUUGUGUAAAGGUCACCCAAAUAUACAAAUAACAGGAUGUUAAUGUGCUUGCAGUAAUACUUCACACGAAAGGGUGCAAUAAGUGCUUUCAAGGCCCAUCACUAAAUGAGCAAUAUGCCCGCAAAUGAUACUAUAAUACCCCAAAAUGUAAGCAAAGGGUCACUAAAACAACUAACAGGGUGAAAAAUGUACUUGGGGAAAACCACAUUGAGUCAUACUUCAAAUUAAACAGCAAAUAAAAGAGUUCAAUAUAAGGGUUUUUCAAAUUUUAAGCAAUGCAUCUUCAAAUGAAAUUGUAAUGCCCCAAAAUGUGCAUUGUCACUAAAACUGAUAAACUAUAUAUUGAUACAAAGUGGGGAAAAAUGCAAUAAAUUGUCGAGACAUACUUAGGCAUAACUGGAAUCAAAUGCUAUGUUGAGAGCUGUAACCAUAUUGCCAAUAUGCAUAAGUGAAAAGUACAUCAUCAUCUUGUAAUCCUUCUGGACAGUGCCUGGAAAUAGGAGACUGGAUCCGCUGAUCCUGCCGCGUUAAGCGGCUUGUCUCGGGGAAGCCGACAAACAUCCUGACCUGCAGUCACGGUGUCACACACCUUAGCGCGACAAACAGAUGCUAUGCUUCAACAACACACCAGCGUUCAGUUUUUUUAAAAUUCUAUUUUGACUAGGAGGGCUGGCAGUCUUUCACUGUUGUUGUCAUUUAUAUACAUACAUUGGUACAACUACUUACAAAAUUCAUUAUUUCUGGAAGUAGUUUUGUAAACUGAAAAUUCUGGAACUAGAGACCAGUUUUCCAUGUACAGUGGUAUGAAAAAGUAUCUGAACCUUUUAAAAGUUCUCACAUUUCUGCAUGAAAUCACCAUCAAAUGUGAUCUGAUCUUUGUCAAAAUCACACAGAUGAAAAUACAGUGUCUGCUUUAACUAAAACCACCCAAACAUUUAUAGGUUUUCAUAUUUUAAUAAGGAUAGCAUGCAAACAAUGACAGAAGGGGGAAAAAUAAGUAAGUGAACCCUCUGCCUAAGAAGAACUAAGAGAGGGUUAUUUGGUUAUUAUCUAUUUAAUUAAUAGUGUUAUUAUUGUUAAUUAUUAUUAUAUUAUAUUAUAUUAUGUUAUAUUAUAUUAUAUUAUAUUAUAUUAUAUUAUUAUUUUUAUUUUAUUAACUUUUGUUCCGUGAAGAAUCCAGAAAGGGUUAUUUGAUUGUGGCUUUCUGAAAAACAAAACAUUUUUACAUUUAGGCACUCCUGCAAUCGUCACACUUUUUCUGUUACAAACUGACCCCGGCCCCUCAUCAGAGAAGGGAAAAGUUAUGCGGCCCUCACAGGAAAAAGUUUGGGGACCCCUGAUCUAACAAAUCGGAGAAAAUGCGACAGUAACAAAAAAAUACAAUUAAGCGACAGUUAUGAAGUAGAUAUCCGUGACUUUUUUAAAGACGCCAUUUUUUUCAUUGUGACAUAAUUUUAACCCUUUAUUGCCAAAUGUAUCACAUUUAAUACACCUAAAAUUUCAUGAUUUUGAGACUAAUUCAGAAUUUUGACAUUUCUUUUUGGAAAAAAAAAAAGAUGGAUGCAAGUCAACACAUGAUCUGCAGGUUCCAUGAGAAAAAGACACAGGAUUUAGCAAGGGUUAUAGAUAUUAGAGCGAUUAUUACACAUGUUCAUUUUGACUUUUUCUUUUUACAAAUUUGAAAAAAAAGUUUCAUUAAGACCUUUCAAAUUUUGUGAUUUUCUGACAAUUGCUUUAUAUUGCAGGCAUUAUAAAAAGUUUAAAAUAUGUGAAUGAAUCAUUUUUUAAAGUCGAUUUAAAAAAAAAAAAUGAAAUAUGAGAAAUCAAUUAAUGAUUCUAAGCUAAAAACGACAGACAUUUUGAAUAAUAAAUAUAAUUACUUACCUUUUUAUGGCUGGGUUGAAACAAAAGCGGGUGUGCGACGUCUGUAAACGGGGGCUUUCAGGGUAAACGGACAAAUUAAAAAUAAUUGGGGUGCUUAAUGCACCAUGAAUCUGCUAUGGCAGCAUAUAGACAUAUUGUUCUAUCAAACACAAGUUGUUUUGGCUGUGUUUUCCGCCACAUAUAAAAACAUAUAUAUAUAAUAUAUAAAUGUUAUCUAAUUUACACAUCUGGAUUUUUUUUUUAAGAUACACUGAUUCUUAUCGCUGUUAAUGGGGAGCAGAACCGACUUCAUAAACCACAAAAAAUGCAGAAUAGUGCCCCCCCCUCCUUUUUUUUCUUUUUAAAAGGUAUUGGAGAAAAAACACAUUUGCAGAAAUAAAGUGGCCAAAAAAUAAACCGGACCCCCCCUUUUUUUUCUUUCAUUCUUUUAAAAAUUGUACUUUGGAGGCGGGAUUAUAACAUUGAAUCAUAAUUUUCAAAAUAUAUUUUCACCUUUAAAAAUAUUAUCUUAGGGGGAAAAAAUGUUUGGGGGGGGGCAGUAUUUUUCUCAUGUGAGCAUGGAAAGGCUUGCAAUAUGAUGUUAGGGAAGUGUCCAGAACCCGUGCGUGUUGCCAGUCACGUCUGCACUGGUCUUUAUCUGCCGCCUGUCAUUUUUGUGAAGCCUAAAGUUCAACUUCAACAUUUCCUCCUCUUAUUACCAAAGGACACACCUUGUUUUACAGUAGAGAGUAGAUUUCUAAAAGAUUUAGUUACAUAAGGUGAACUUUUAGAAAUCUACUUUCUAUUCUACUUCACUAUUGUUGCUGACUUGUGCUGUAAAAAAAAUAAAAAUGCGUCAAGAACUCCCCAGGGACAAGCUCCCUUGAGCAUUUGAUAGGCAAAAGUAUUGGACAGCUUGAGGUAGGAAGAACAAAGUGGAGUGAUGAACAGUUUCCAGUCAUCUAAGCAUAUGCAUAUGCUUAUACAUAUACAGUGGGGAGAACAAGUAUUUGAUACACUGCCGAUUUUGCUGGUUUUCCCACUUGCAAGCCAUGUAGAGGUCUGUAAUUUGUAUCAUAAGUUCUCUUCAACUUUGAGGGACGGAAUCUAAUACAAAAAUCCAGAAAAUCAAGUUGUAUAUUUUUUAAAUAAUACAUUUGUAUUUAAAGUGCCUGUGACACGAAAAAGCAUGUUUAUUUCAUAAUACACGCGGUAUUUUAUGCCCCUGAAUGAUAUGGGCCGCUUGGAUGUGUGUGGAAGCAAUCGCUAUUUUUAUUUAGUUUUUUGAAUCCCGCGCCAUGGAAAUGAGUGACUUCCGGCUUCAGUCUUGCAUUGAGGAGCAGGGCGCUGUGACGUGUACGGUAGAAGACGUCCUCUUCACACUACAGUGUACUGUUGUGUAUGAGGACGAAGGAUUCAGCUGAUUUUGCGGAUUAAUACGUUUAUUUUUCGCAUCACGCCAGCCAAACGGCUGCAGAAAAAUCAUUCUGUAUGAGGGACAGGCGUAUGCACCUUUUUGGAGUUUCAAAAGGUUCCCAUUCACCGUGGAUAUUUACUGUGGGACCAUUGGACUUAUGAGGAAGUGAGUAAACAUCUUGUUUUGUAUUAUGUCAAAUACGAAUACAGCGAUUACAAAGUAAACACUACAAACUUCCUUUAAAUGAAGUACUACUUACGUUUGAUCAUUGAUAGGCAUGUAAAAAGCUCUCCUAAUGCUAAUUAGCAGCAGCACGUUAGCUGCACAACAAAUCCAGCCACCCUCCUCCGGGGAACGAACUGUAAAUUGCUCUCCGCCGGGCGGUUUGCCUAUCCACUAAAAUAAUCGACAACCGGGUCGUCAUGUCAAAUAAUCCAGGAUAGUUAUGUGUGAUUUUCCACUUCGAAGACUUUGAAACAUCACUCGGUUCGGGUUAGCAUGUCGGCUAGCUGUCACGGCUUCUGGUUUGUUUACAUUUUCCGAAGCCGGGGAAGGGAAAUGACAUAUGUCCGAUUUAGGUGUCAUAAAAUAUCGUUCGGGAGGUGCGACAGUAAAGGUGAAGUCGACAUUUUUGACCAUUAUGGAGUAAUUUUGCCAUGUCGUCCUGAAUAAAUGCAUUUUUAUUAUUUCAUAUUCCAUUCAGCACAAGACUGUUAUUUGUCAUGAACAUGCAAUUUAUUUAGCAAUUGGGGAAAAUACUUGGAUAAAAAGAAUAUCCUGUAAAAAUAUUGAAGUAAAGAGACAGAAACAAUGACAUUUUGCCGCUCUCUUCGUCGCGUUUUCCUCGUUGUGAAUAGUUCCCCCUCGACGGGCUGACUGGUCCUUCUCAAGCCAUUUAUAUAGCUAUUGGGAAAAAUACUUGGAUAAAAUUAAGUAAAAAAAAUAUAAUAAAAAUAAAAAAAAGUUCUGAAUAAUUCCCCCUCAAUGGGCUGAAUAGUAAAACCGAUGAGCCCAGUCUACCGCUGACGUCAUCCACCUGUUGGGGACGCUAAAGCCCUAUAAUGGUAGGCGUGGCUAACCGGCAGAUUAAAAAACUAAUUUCUCGUCAUCUGUGCUUUUCUAAAUUGUUGGAUAUAGUCGAAUCGUCUCAAAAUAUGAUUCUAAUUCACAUAAUAAUGCCAUUUAAGACUUUUUUUCUCGUGUCAUAUGCUCUUUAACUGCAUGAAAUAAGUAUAUGAUACAUUACCAACUAGUUAAUAUUUCGGCUCUUAGUUGUUUUUUAAGAACCCCUCCUGUUCUCCACUCAUUACCGGAAGUAACAGCACCUGUUUGAACUUGUUACCUGUAUAAAAGACACCUGUUCACAUGCUCAAACAAACAAACUCCAACCUCUCCACAAUGGCCAAGACCAAAGAGCUGUGUAAUGACAUCAGGGAUAAAAUAAUAGACCUGCACAAGGCUGGGAUGGGCUACAGGAAAAUAAGCAAGCAGCUUGGUGAGAAGGUAACAACUGUUGGAGCGAUUAUUAGAAAAUGGAAGAAGUUCAAGUUGACGGUCAAUCUACCUCGUUCUGGGGCUCCAUGCAAGAUCUCACCUCGUGGGACAUCACUGAUGAUGAGGAAGGUGAGGGAUCAGCGGCAGGUCCUGGUCAAUGACCUGAAGAGAGCUGGAACCACAGUCUCAAAGAAAACCAUCGAAAACACAUUACGCCGUCGUGGAUUAAAAUCCUACAGCGCACGCAAUGUCCCGCUGCUGAAGCCAGUGCAUGUCCAGACACGUCUGAAGUUUGCCACUGACCAUCUGGAUGAUCCAGAGGAGCAAUGGGAGAAGGUCAUGUGGUUGGAUGAGACCAAAAUUGAACUUUUUGGACUAAACUCGGCUCAUCGUGUUUGAGGAAAAAGAAGGAUCAGUACAACCCCAAGAACACCAUCCCAACCGUGAAACAUGGAGGAGGAAACAUCAUUUUUUGGGGCUGCUUCUCUGCCAAGGGUACAGGACGACUGCACCGUAUUGAGAGGAGGAUGGAUGGGGCUAUGUAUCGCCAAAUCUUGGCUGACAACGUCCUUCCUUCAGUGAGAGCCCUGAAGACUGGUCGUGGCUGGGUCUUCCAGCAUGACAACGACCCAAAGCACACAGCCAAGGCAACUAAAGAGUGGCUCCGUAAGAAGCAUCUUAAGGUCCUGGAGUGGCCUAGCCAGUCACCAGAUCUGAACCCGAUAGAAAAUCUAUGGAGGGAGCUGAAAGUCCGUGUUGCCCGGCAGCAGCCCCGAAACCUGAAGGCUCUGGAGAAGAUCUGCAUGGAGGAGUGGGCCAAAAUCCCUACUGCAGUGUGUGCACACCUUGUCAAGGACUACAGGAAACGUUUGGUAUCUGUAAUAGCAAACAAAGGUUUCUGUACCAGAUAUUAAGUUAGAUUUUUGUGAUGUAUCAAAUACUUAUUUCAUGCAAUUAAAUGCAAAUUUAUUAUUUAAAAAUCAUACACCGUGAUUUUCUGUUUUUUUUUUAUUAGAUUCCGUCCCUCACAGUUGAAGAGAACUUAUUAUACAAAUUACAGACCUCUUCAUGGCUUGCAAGUAGGAAAACCAACAAAAUCGGCAGUGUAUCAAAUACUUGUUCUCCCCACUGUAGGGGUUGGACAAAAUAAUGGAAACACCUAACAUUUUGGCAUAAUAAUAAUCUAAUGAAGAUGAGCAUCUCGUAUGGGACGGCACAGUCCCCAGAUCUCAACAUUAUUGAGCAUUUAUGGUCAGUUUUAGAGAUUUAAUUAAGACGUUGAUUUCCACCGCCAUCUUCUCUAAAAGAGUUAGAUGGUAUUUUAAUUGAAGAAUGGCUUAAAAUUCCUUUGGAAACAAUUCACAAGUUGUAUGAAUCAAUACUUUGGAGAAUUGAGCCUGUAAUUGCCAUAAAAGGUGGACCUACACCAUAAUUAGUUUUUCUUGAUUUUUUAAGGCGUUUCCAUUAUUUUGUCCAACACUUGUGUAUAUAUACUUCUAAAAAAAAAAGCAUAUUGUGAUAAAGUUCAUUAUUUUCUGUAAUGUACUGACAAACAUUAGACUUGCAUAUAUUU